CCAGUUUCAACCUGCUUUGUCAUAAAUGUACAAACGUUUGAACUUAGAGCGCAGCCCCUCUCCGAGCGGGCAGAAGCGGCCAGGACAUUGGAGCUCCAAAAAAGGGUCACGGAAAGGAGUUUUCUUGACCAUGGCUAUGUGGUGCGCGGGGGUGGGGGGGAGCAGGAUUGGAAUCUUUUUCUCUGUGAGUCGAGGAGAGACGACUGGAAAGAGCGUUCCAGUGGCUGCAUGUGUCUCCCCCUUGAGUCCCGCGGCGCGCGGCGGCUUGCACGCUGUUUGCAAACACAAGAACAUUAUGUGCACAAGUGCAGAAAAGGCGUGCGCGCUACCUCGGGACUCAGACCACCGGUCUCUUCCUUGGGGAAGCGGGGAUUUCUUGGAGCGAGUUACAUUUUCUGAAUUUAGAGGCAGAGGGCAGCGUGCCUGGGCGGAGUUCCCAGAAGGAGAUUGCGCCCGCUUUAACUUUGGGGAUAAGCGCCUGGUGACUGUUCUUGACGCUGGGUGUGUGUUUGUGAAACUCUGCGGGGCCCACGGAGCUGUGCCAGUGUCCCGGCACACUAGGCGGAGGGCGGGAAAGGCGGGUGGACCCACCGCGCGGAUCCUCUGAGGGGAUCGAGUGGUGGCAGCAGCU